CUGCGUACGAAUCGGAGGGCGCUUGUGGCCUCUAUGGGGGCGGCUCAGAGACCGAACCCGGAAGCGAAGGCGUCAGUGGCAGCGUCAGGCGGUGCCGUGGUUCGGUUCGGGAGCGCGUCUGAGGCGGGAACGCGUUUCCCUAUGAAUGGACAUCACCUGAGUCUUCCUACAGAAAUUUUAAUCACUUGGAUUGAUUUGUAGUUGCAAACAUGAGUGGCUCCAAACCUGAUAUUCUCUGGGCUCCACACCAUGUUGAUAGAUUUGUUGUAUGUGACUCAGAACUGAGCCUCUAUCACAUUGAGUCUGCUGUGAGUUCAGAACUCAAAGCAGGAUCUUUGCGAUUAUCAGAAGAAACUACAGCUACAUUAUUGUCAAUAAAUUCAGACACGCCAUACAUGAAAUGUGUGGCCUGGUAUCCUAAAUAUGAUCCUGAAUGUCUUCUAGCCGUUGGACAAGCAAAUGGUCGAGUUGUCCUUACCAGUCUGGGCCAGGAUCACAACUCAAAGUCCAAAGAGUUGAUAGGAAAAGAAUUUGUUCCAAAACAUGCACGGCAAUGUAAUACCUUAGCGUGGAAUCCAUUGGACAGCAAUUGGCUUGCUGCUGGCCUAGAUAAACAUCGGGCUGACUUUUCAGUAUUGAUCUGGGAUAUAAGUAGCAAAUACACCACAGAGAGUGCAGUUGCCACAGAGAAAGUGAGACUUUCAGCUGGAGAUACUGAAGCUGGGCUGGUAGUGACGAAGCCGCUUUAUGAAUUAGGACAGAAUGAUGCGUGUCUUUCUCUUUGCUGGCUUCCACGGGACCAGAAACUUCUUUUAGCUGGAAUGCACCGAAACUUGGCUAUCUUUGACCUUAGAAAUACAAGCCAAAAAAUGUUUGUAAAUACCAAGGCGGUUCAGGGAGUGACUGUAGACCCAUACUUUCAUGAUCGUGUGGCUUCCUUCUAUGAAGGUCAGGUUGCCAUAUGGGAUCUCAGAAAAUUUGAAAAGCCUGUUUUGACUCUGACAGAGCAACCAAAGCCCCUAACAAAAGUAGCUUGGUGUCCAACAAGAACUGGACUGCUAGCUACUUUAACUAGGGAUAGUAAUAUUAUUAGAUUGUAUGAUAUGCAGCAUACUCCCACACCUAUUGGAGAUGAAACUGAACCUACAAUAAUUGAACGAAGUGUGCAGCCAUGUGAAAAUUAUAUUGCUUCCUUUGCAUGGCAUCCCACAAGUCAAAAUCGAAUGGUAGUUGUGACUCCCAACAGAACUAUGUCUGACUUCACAGUUUUUGAAAGGAUUUCUCUGGCAUGGAGUCCAGUUACAUCUCUUAUGUGGGCUUGUGGCCGACACUUGUACGAAUGCACAGAGGAAGGAAAGGCUAGUUCCUUUGAAAAAGACAUAGCAACCAAAAUGCGUCUCAGGGCUCUAUCCAGGUAUGGCCUUGAUACUGAGCAGGUCUGGAGAAACCAUCUUCUAGCUGGAAAUGAAGAUUCUCAGCUGAAGUCACUUUGGUACACUCUGCACUUUAUGAAGCAAUAUACUGAAGAUAUGGAUCAGAAACUUACAGGAAACAAAGGGUCCUUAGUUUAUGCAGGCAUUAAAUCAAUUGUGAAGUCAUCUUUGGGAACAACAGAGAAUCUGAGGCAUAGCAGGAGUGGGUCCGAUAGGCAGGCAGAUAUUAUUCAGUAUCUAAGUGAGGAGAGGUCUUUGGCCUUGCAGCUCUGUGGGUGGAUAAAGAAGGGAACUGAUUUAGAUGUGGAACCCUUUCUAAAUUCUUUGGAACAAGAAGGAGACUGGGAGAGAGCUGCUGCUGUUGCACUUUUCAACUUGGACAUACGGCGAGCAAUACAGAUCCUAAAUAAAGGAGCUUCUUCUGAAAAAGGUGAUCUGAACCUCAACGUAGUAGCAAUGGCUUUAUCAGGAUAUACAGAUGAGAAGAACUCCCUUUGGAGAGAAAUGUGCAGCACUCUAAGAUUACAAUUAAACAACCCCUACUUGUGUGCCAUGUUUGCUUUUCUGACAAGUGAAUCUGGUUCGUAUGAUGGAGUUCUGUAUGAGAAUAAGGUAGCAGUACGAGACAGAGUGGCAUUUGCUUGUAAAUUCCUCAAUGAUGCACAGCUGAAUAGAUUCAUUGAAAAGCUGACAAAUGAAUUGAAAGAUGCUGGGAACUUGGAAGGAAUUCUGCUGACAGGACUGACAAAAGAUGGAGUGGACUUAAUGGAAAGUUAUGUUGAUAGAACCGGGGAUGUCCAGACAGCAAGCUAUUGUAUGCUCCAGGGUUCUCCGUCCGAUGUACUUAAGGAUGAGAAGGUUCAAUACUGGAUUGAGAACUACAGGAAUUUGUUGGAUGCUUGGAGGUUCUGGCAUAAACGAGCAGAAUUUGACAUCCAUAGGAGUAAGCUGGAUCCCAGUUCAAAACCUUUAGCACAGGUAUUUGUGAGUUGCAAUUUCUGUGGGAAAUCAAUCUCUUACAGCUGUUCAGCCAUUCCUCAUCAGGGCCGAGGUUUUAGUCAAUAUGGAGUAAGUGGCUCACCAACCAAGUCAAAGGUUACAAGCUGUCCUGGUUGUCGGAAACCCCUUCCUCGCUGUGCACUUUGCCUAAUAAAUAUGGGGACUCCAGUUUCCAGCUGCCCUGGAGUAUCAAAGUCAGAUGAAAAGGUGGAUCUUAGCAAGGACAAGAAAUUAGCCCAGUUCAACAACUGGUUUACAUGGUGCCAUAACUGCAGGCAUGGUGGUCAUGCUGGACACAUGCUCAGCUGGUUCAGGGACCAUACUGAGUGUCCAGUUUCUGCGUGUUCAUGUAAAUGUAUGCAGCUGGAUACUACAGGGAAUCUCAUCCCAGCAGAGACUGUUCAGCCAUAAAACAACCGAGUUUCAAAAUGUGGAGCUAACAGAUGUCCUUCACAGCCUAAAUACAUACCUCAGAACAAGUAACUCAUGACUCACCCAUAGUGGAAAAAUAAAUCCUUCUGUUCGAUCAGCAAUUUUGGUGUGUAAAAUAGUUUAGAUGUGCUUCAUAGAGCCAGGCGUUGCUGGAAUGAGCCUUUCAAGUGUGCUAUGUGGACUAUAGUUAGUGGGUUGAAGCAGAUCCUUUUAGAAAUACUUCCACAGGCUUUGUUGAAAUUCAAAGCACCCUUCAAGAAGAUUUUUCAGAGUAACACUGAACAAUCCUUGAAUCUGCCAUCCAAGAUGAGCCAGUGUUGCAUGCUGGUUUUAGUAUGAGUUCUGGGCUUUCAAAAUAGAUAAUUGAAGACUGUUGUUGAGAAAAUCCUGAGUUAUGCUGUAGCUUUCUAUUUUCAUUCAUCGCUGCUCAUUAUAUGCAAAGGAAAGAAUUUCAAAGAGAAGUAUCAAGAGUUAUUAAAACAUUUAAUUUCCCCCUGUGGAUUUUUCUUGAAGGGAAAGUUGCAUUUAUGUAAUUUUUUUUUCUGUAUUAACAUUUUGUUAAUACUAAGAGUAUUUGUGCAAGUUUAGCUACAUAUCUUGCUGUUUUGAAUGUAAAAUCUUUCAUUCAAGUUUUUUCCUAACAAGAAACAGUUUGAAGAAUUAUUUCAUAAAAAGCGGAAUAUCCACUUCAAAACGGAAUACAAAUAAAUCCUGAUUUUUUUUUAAUGAAGGACUCUGUGUGCAUGCAAAAUAUUAUCAAAACUGGCAUUUUGUAAAAAUUAAUCAGAUUCAAUUCAAAUUAUGAUUACUGGACCAGUAUACAUUUCAGAUAACCUGAAGAUUUGAAUAUUCAGUGUUUACCUGCUCUUGUGAAAUGCACCAAUUCAAAUUAUGCUACAGAUUACCAGUGGACAUUGGCCCUCCUCAUAAAAUUGCACAAUUUUUAAAGUUUCUGGUCAAGAGCAGUUUCAUAACCUGUUGCUAGUCAGGAAUAAAAUUUCUUAUGGAGCACUGAGUGUCAUUUGGCCACACUAUACUUGGCUCUAGUGAGUGUUUGUCCUUUAAUUUUUAUAAGCAACAAAAUUCACGCAUUUAGAAGAAACUGCUUUAAGGUAUGUGACAAUAACAUCAGUUUAUUUGGGGUGUGUGUGGUUUUUUUUUAACUGGUGAAUAAAAAUUGAUACUUAUGUAUUGUCACUCAAAAAAACCCCAAAUGUUAGAAGAUGGAACACUAGCAAUAAAUGCUAUCUUAUUGCCAGUAUUGUGAAAAAUUGGUCUUUAAAAAAUAGAACAUACUGUAAGAUACAACUGGUUACCAGCAUUCCACUGUAUUGGCAAUAAAGUAGAAGCCAAAUGUAAAUUAUGUAUAUGAUGCAUCACCAGCGACAGUGGGUUUUUUUCCUGAUUAAACCAAUUUAAUGUUUUAAUACAUUUAUUACUUUACCCUACCCUAAAAUUGUUACCUAAUUGGUAGUCUUAUUUUUAAACUAAAUUGUAAAAGGUACUUGAUAUUUGAUUAUUUGUACAAAGGCUUACUUGGAAGAGGAAAAGUUUUUGUCUUAUUAGCAGGAAAUAUUUAUUUCUAGCUACCCAUUUAUAUUUUGCAUGCUUUGUUUUGAUGUUGUCAGGGGUUUCUGCCAGUCUGAAAUAUAUGCCAUUUAAUAAAUGUAAUUUUGAAGUUUAAUGCAUAAGAUAGUGUUCUAAUGAUAUAGUGCAGGCAAUGUAAUAUUUAGGCUUCAGUUUCACAGGAAUCUGGAUUUUUGGAAUGUCAAGAAUUUUUUAUUUUGAAUUCUUCCCCCCCCAAAUAUUCAGUAUGUACAACAGCAUGACUACUUAUUGUCAUCUUUCCCUCAUGUAAAAGUGUUCUCAUUUUGAAUUGUCAGAUCCUAUUAUCAUGAAAUUAGAAGCUUACUUUGAUUUUCUUUGUGUCUUUAAAUGCUGAGAGUUAAGAAUGUUUGUAUAUUCUGAUACAGCAUAAGCACAUGUAGUCCGUGCUCAAGCUUUCAGGCAGAUACAUUAUAUUUUAACACUCCUUUCAGUAUAACACGAGAAGUGUAAUGUCUUCAACAUUUUAAACUUGUUAAUCCAUUAUCACUGUUUUCUCCUGUGCUGGUUUUACAAUAAUAAAGUUGUAGUUUGUCUGUCUGAUUUUGCUGCUUUAACCUGAAUUGCUUCUUUGUGGUUUUUAUUUUCAUGGUCUCUUAGCAUUCUGCUGAUGCCACAGUCCAUGAAGGUAGAAGUACAGUAAAGAAUAAAUGUACAUGCAAUUUCUGUUAAUGAAAUUUUUUUUUCAAUAUUUUUGGUUUAUUUAGGUUUCUAUACUGGAUUCAUAUCCAUUUGAUACCAAAUGGGAAUAUUUAUAUCUCACUAGAAAUUCCUAUAAUUAACAUGGGAUGGGAUUGCAAUUUGUGUGGAGUCUGUGACAACAAUGAUACUCAAAUAGGGAGGGAAAAAUCUUUGCCUCAGUCCUCAGAAAAAGACACUAAAUACAGGAGCCGGGGAGGGAAGUUGCAAAGAAACAGUUUGCAAUGCCAAAUCUGGGUGGCCAUUCCUAUCCCUGGCAUACUUUAGCCAGCAUUGAGGCCACUCUAUAGCUCAAAGUGCCAGCCAGUACAGUGUGCUCUGUCUAGGCCUCUUCUCUCCCACAACCAUAUACCUUCAGCUAAUUGUGCGUAACUAUAACAAGGCUGCUGUUCUACCAGAUGUUUUGAUGUGGUUACAGCUUCAGUGGUUACUCUUCCUGAGGUUGGAAACAGCGGUGUUGAUUAUUUGUUUGUAUUUCUCAUAUGAUUUUGGAAAUAUAAAUGGUUGCUGCUAUUACCUAA